CGGCCAGUGUUGCCGCGGCGUUCCGACGAAGGUGCAACAAGUUAUCAGGCGCGGCUGUAACCCCAAAGCGUCGGCUUGUAAGCGAACCGGACCAUAUCUGUCGGUGAGCAACGUCGUCGUCGUGUGGCAUCGUCACUUGCGGUCAAACAGAAAUGGCACCUAAUGUGUCGGAUACGGUAGCAACGAGUGCUGGUGGAACCGAGGUGCACGAGGUUGUUUCCUGCAUCGACAACCAAGCCGGUGGCCGGACACGGAAACGGAUAGAUUUCGCAAACGAACCCCUGCAGCCGGCUACCUUCAGUGACCGCAACAACAACAACAACAGCAGUAAUGAGUGUGAUCACGGAACAGCCAUUGAACCGUUCCGAGCACAAAUACGGUGGCCUGAUUUGCUGGCCCAGCUCUUCGUCCACGUAGGAUUCGUGAUCGGCGCCCUGCAGCUGGUGACACUACAGGCAAAACUGUACACAUUCCUGUGGACCGUCCUGUUGGUGUGGGCCUCUGGAUUAGGCAUAACGGCCGGUGCCCACCGGCUGUGGUCACACAAAUCAUACAAAGCUCGCUGGCCACUCCGUUUGUUGCUAAUGUUCUUAUUUACGAUUUGUGGCCAGCGUGAUGCGUAUACCUGGGCCCUCGAUCACCGAAUCCACCACAAGUAUUCGGAAACGGACGCCGAUCCGCACAACGCGAAGCGAGGCUUUUUCUUCGCCCACGUCGGCUGGGUUUUCCUGACGCCCCACCCGGAGGUGGUGGCGAAGCGGAAAAUCAUCGACAUGAGCGAUCUCCUGGCGGACCCGAUCGUGAUGGCACAGCGCAGAUACUACAUUCCACUGUUCGCACUGCUAGUCAUCGGGAUGCCGGUCCUGGUGCCGUGGUACUGUUGGGAGGAACGUUUGUCGGUGGCGUUUUGGGUGUGCUUCACGUUGCGCUUCACCACCACUCUCAACAUUGCGUUCUUCGUGAACAGUGUGGCCCACAUGUUUGGGAACCGGCCGUACGACAAGAGCAUCAGCCCGGUGGAAAACCUGGCCGUGGCGAUCGCGGCAAUGGGCGAAGGAUGGCACAACUAUCAUCACGUGUUUCCGUGGGAUUAUAAAACGAGCGAGUUGGGCGACUAUCUGUUCAACGUUACUACAGGUUUCAUUGAUUGCUUCGCACGCCUCGGUUGGGCUUAUGAGCGCAAGUCGGUUCCCCCGGAAGUGAUCGCACGCAGGGCAGCAAAGUGUGGCGAUGGAACGCGCUUUCUGACCGAUGAGUACGCCCAUCAGGACGCGGUUUGGGGCUACGGUGAUCAGGACAUAUCCAAGGAAGACGUCGACGCCAUCGUGCGGAGUCAAAAUUAACCUGCGUGCGCAUUGAGUAUAUGUAAACGGUUUUUUUUAUAAUGUAAAGAAUCCUUGUUCCGUAUGUUAGAAGAUGUGGUCGUAAAGAGGUACAGUAACAACCUAGAUGCGUAGUAUUUGAAUGUGUCCCGAAGCAUUUCACUCUGAGGCAAGCAAAUGUAUAAAGUUAUCAGAAACCGUAUUUGCGAUGAACGGAAUCGUUAGCACAACGAUAACGCAUUACGACUCAGGAAUUGCGUCUGCCAUCGAAACGCACCUUUUUUAACCAUUUAAUUACGUAGUUCAUGUUCCUGGAAUAAUGGUUCGGUAACGAGUGUAAGGGAAGAGAUGAAAUGCGAAAACCUCAACAAGCAGCAGGAUCCAGACUCUAACGGGGCUUGAUUCGAUAACAACCGAGAGAGCAAAGCUAAAAUUCGACCAAUCAGACGAGGCAGACAAUCGGAUUUGCGCGGAAUAAUAAAAAAACUCGCUGCUCGUUGCGUAUGUAAUACGGUUGGCCGAGAAGAAAAACCCGAUCAAAACCAUGACCUUUCUUCACUCUCGCCAAAAAGUAAGAUCUCAACGGCGGUACCUGCCAGAAAAUAGCGGACGCACGGGUCCCGCAAGUCGUACGACCAAACGUGCCCAACUGACCGACCGAUUAAUAGUUGCGUAUCCAGUUUUCGAUGUGCAACAAUAAAAACGAAUGUAAAUAUGGCCCCGUGUCUUGGAGCUUACAGCACCGAAACUGUCGGUCAAUGAGGAAUCUGUAGUCCAUGAGGCUAUCCUUGAGGUUCACGCACGCUAAGCGCAGAUGCUAGCAGCAGCACCAGGGACCAUGUAAACGAUGAGAGGUUCAAGUGCACA